AUGGAUUUGGUUGCAGGAGUCCGGAAAGAAGGCAGCCGCGGCGGCCGCGGCGAGUUCAAAUGGUCCGAUGUUCAAAACUCGAGCCAUCGCGAAAACUACCUAGGCCAUUCGGUGAUGGCCCCCGUCGGCCGAUGGCAACAAAAUCGCGAUCUCUCGUGGUAUGCCAAGGGCGACGCAGAUGCCGAGGAGGAACGGGCUCGUCAACAACGCGAAGAGCUCCAGCGUGUCAAGGAAGCGGAGGAGGAAGCCAUGGCCCGCGCACUCGGCCUACCAAUCCCACCCAAGGCCGAGGAAAACGCCAAUCUGACGCCACUAGGAGAAAACGCAAAGACACAAGUGAAACCAGAUGAGACUGGGGGGAAGGAAUCAGAAAGAGAAUCGCAAGGGGAUCGAAGACACAGACGUGAUCGCAGCCGGAGUCCACAUCGGGAAAGACGCAGAGAUCGCAGUGAUGACCGUGCCCGAGAUAAGGAGCGAAGACACCGCAGACAUCAUGAUGGCAACCGAGAAAGGAAUCGUGAAAGGGAUCACGAUCGAGAUCGUCAUCAUCGAAGCCGCCGACACCGGUCUCGCGACAGAGAUCACCAUAGGAGACGAUCUCGCUCUCGCGAUCAAAAUGACCGAAGAGAGGAGACUAGGCAUCGGCGGGUUGAGCGAAGCCAAUCACCAACUGGAGGUAGACGCGAACCUGAACGCCGCAGGGACCGAGAUGACCGCGACCGGCGACAUUGA